UCUAGAUGACGUCACAUUGUUUGCCGUCACCAGCUGUCACAAUACUGAUGUGAUGGCUGAAGCGGAGGAGGACACAGACGUAACGAUGAACUACCACGGGGACUUUGAAAAAAAUGACCAGAAGAAGAGUCGCUAUCCAUAUUGUAUAGUUUGGACCCCUAUACCAAUAUUAUCGUGGGUGCUGCCCCUCAUUGGUCACAUGGGGAUCUGCACCUCCUCGGGGAUCAUCAGAGACUUUGCAGGCUCCUACUUUGUCUCGGAGGAUAAUAUGGGCUUUGGUCGGCCUACAAAGUAUUGGCUGUUGGACGUGGACAAGGUGUGUGGCAGCGGCGCGUCAACCUGGGACAAGGCGGUCUACGACGCGUCCGAGGAGUACAAGUGCCGGCCGCACAACCUGUGCUGUGAUAACUGCCACUCCCACGUUGCCAUGGCGCUGAACCUUAUGCGCUAUGACAACAGCUCAUCCUGGAACAUGGUGAAGCUCUGUUUGCUGUGUCUCACCCAUGGCAAAUAUGUCAGCUGUGCUGCCUUCCUAAAGACCUGGCUUCCCUUUCUGAUGCUCACAGGCAUCAUCACCACCUUCGCUUUAACUCUCAAUCUGCAGUAAUCCCUCAGGACGUGAACAUGGAAGAAAUAUAGACUUUAGUACCAUCAGUCCCACCCAACCCUCUUCUCAUUGGACUGGUCUUCAACAUACUAUGCCUCAUUACCUUCAGUGUAGAGUUGCCUUCAGGUCAUUCUGAAUGCUGUAAUGAAGAGAUACAGCGAAUAACAUAAAAAAGCAUAUGUUAAUGAGAAUAUAUAGCUGCUUUAGUAGAUAUUUAAAACGUAUUUACUUAUUUAGUAUCAAUGAACAAAAGUAUCAAAAAUUAAGUAGCGGCUUGCAAUUGGCAAUAUAUGCGCUCCGAAAAGAAUGUUAUCAAAACUGUCCUUUGAGAUAGAUUAUCUUGCUUUGUUUAAAUGUGCACCAUUUACCAGACAUUUCUUUUACUUGUUUAUGAUUAGAAACAUGACUUCUACUAUGUUAAUGUUUUUUUUUUUUUAAUUAUGGAUUGAUUUGCCGUGUGUCGAUUUCGGAUAUAUUUAUUAAGAUAAAUAUUUCAACAUUGUA